UACCCAAGUCAUUACUCAGGUUUCUGAUGUUGCAGACUUAGGGGGAAGAGGUCUUCUGGACCAUUUCCUCCUUGAGAGGAAAUCUACGAACAUGUGAGCUGUGAGGAGUGUUUACAAAGAUUAUCUCAAAAGGUAAGCACAUACCUUCAGUCAGUAAAUUACAGAGGGCUUACAUGGGGCCCUCUCCCUCCGCUGCCACCGUGAACCACCUGUAACUCAUCUUCCUUCUCCGUCGUGUGGGCCCGUGGACUCCGUGCGCAGGUUGUUCAGCGAUAGUUAUGACCUCCCGGUUACGUGCGUUGGGUGGAAGAAUUAAUAAUAUACGCACCUCGGAAUUACCCAAGGAGAAAACUCGGUCCGAAGUCGUCUGCAGCAUCCGCUUUCUCGAUGGCUCGGUACAGACCUUCAAAGCUAAUAAACAAGAUACCGGUCAAGUUCUUCUGGAUAUGGCCUACAACCACCUGGGUGUGAUGGAAAGGGAGUAUUUUGGUUUGCAGCAUGGCGAUGACUCCAUAGACUCUCUUAGAUGGCUGGAAUCAAGCAAACCCAUCAGGAAGCAGUUAAAAGGAGGUUUCCCCUGUACUCUGCAUUUUCGAGUAAGAUUUUUUAUACCUGAUCCCAACACACUACAGGAAGAACAAACCAGGCAUUUGUAUUUCUUACAACUGAAGAUGGAUAUUUGUGAAGGAAGGUUAACCUGCCCUCUUAACUCGGCAGUGGUUCUAGCAUCCUAUGCAGUACAAUCUCACUUUGGAGACUAUAAUUCUUCCAUCCAUCAUCCAGGCUAUCUUUCCGAUAGUCAGUUUAUCCCAGAUCAGAACGAUGACUUUUUAACGAAGGUGGAAUCCCUCCAUGAGCAGCACAGUGGGCUAAAGCAAUCAGAGGCUGAAUCUUGCUUUAUCAACAUAGCACGGACUCUCGACUUCUAUGGCGUGGAGCUGCACAGUGGUAGGGAUCUGCACAAUUUAGAGCUAAUGAUUGGGAUUGCUUCUGCGGGCAUCGCCGUGUACCGAAAAUACAUUUGCACAAGUUUCUAUCCUUGGGUGAACAUUCUAAAAAUUUCUUUCAAAAGGAAAAAGUUCUUUAUACAUCAGCGACAGAAACAGACUGAAUCCAGGGAACAUAUCGUGGCCUUCAACAUGUUAAAUUACCGAUCUUGCAAAAACUUGUGGAAAUCCUGUGUCGAGCAUCAUACAUUCUUUCAGGCAAAGAAGCUACUACCUCAGGAAAAGAAUGUUCUGGCUCAGUACUGGACUAUGGGCUCUAGGAACCCUAAAAAGUCCGUAAAUAACCAGUAUUGCAAAAAGGUGAUUGGAGGAAUGGUGUGGAACCCAGCCCUGCGGAGAUCUUUAUCAGUGGAGCACUUAGAAACCAAGAGCCUGCCUUCUCGUUCCCCUCCUAUCACUCCAAACUGGCGAAGUCCUAGGCUCCGGCACGAAAUCCGAAAGCCUCGACACUCUUCUGCAGAUAACCUUGCAAACGAGAUGACCUACAUUACGGAAACCGAAGAUGUGUUUUACACGUACAAGGGCUCCCUGUCCCCCAAAGACAGCGAAUCGGAGGUUUCUCAGAACCGAAGCCCGCACCGAGAGAGUAUAUCCGAGAACAAUCCAGCACAAAGCUGCCUGACCCAGAAGUCAUCCAGUUCUGUGUCUUCAUCUUCAAAUGCUCCAGGCUCCUGCUCACCAGAUGGCGUCGAUCAGCAGUUCUUAGAGGAUUUCCACAGGGUGACCAAAGGGGGCUCCGCCGAGGACUGCAGCCAGUACUACUGUGACAAGAAUGAUCAUGGCGAUGGCUACUUAGUUUUGAUCCGCAUCACGCCAGAUGAAGAUGGAAAAUUUGGAUUUAAUCUGAAGGGAGGAGUGGACCAAAAGAUGCCUCUCGUCGUAUCAAGGAUAAACCCAGAGUCACCUGCGGACACCUGCAUUCCGAAGCUGAACGAAGGGGAUCAAAUCGUGUUAAUCAAUGGCCGGGACAUCUCGGAACACACCCAUGACCAAGUGGUGAUGUUCAUCAAAGCCAGCCGGGAGUCCCACACGCGGGAGCUGGCCCUGGUGAUCAGGAGGAAAGCAGUGCACUCGUUCGCGGACAUCAAAUCCGAAGAUGAACUGAACCAGCUUUUCCCUGAGGCCAUUUUCCCCAUUUGUCCAGAGGGUGGGGACACCUUGGAGGGAUCCAUGGAACAGCUAAAGAAGGGCCUUGAAAGCGGGACAGUGUUGAUCCAGUUUGAGCAACUCUACAGAAAGAAGCCCGGUCUGGCCAUCACCUUUGCAAAGCUGCCUCAAAAUUUGGACAAAAACCGAUACAAAGAUGUGCUGCCUUACGACACCACCCGGGUCUUAUUGCAGGGAAAUGAAGAUUAUAUUAAUGCGAGUUAUGUGAACAUGGAAAUUCCUGCUGCUAACCUUGUGAACAAGUACAUUGCUGCUCAGGGUCCCCUGCCACACACCUGUGCACAAUUUUGGCAAGUCGUCUGGGAUCAGAAGUUAUCACUCAUUGUCAUGUUGACGACUCUCACCGAGCGAGGGCGGACCAAGUGUCACCAGUACUGGCCUGAUCCUCCCGAUGUCAUGGAACAUGGCAACUUUCACAUCCGAUGUCAGUCAGAGGACUGCACCAUUGCUUACGUGUUCCGGGAAAUGCUGGUCACCAACACUGAGACCGGGGAGGAGCACACUGUGACGCACCUCCAGUAUGUCGCGUGGCCCGACCACGGCGUUCCCGAUGACUCCUCAGACUUUCUGGAGUUCGUCAACUCUGUGCGGUCCCUGCGCGUGGACGGUGAACCUGUGUUAGUUCACUGCAGUGCUGGAAUAGGGCGCACGGGUGUGCUGGUCACCAUGGAAACAGCCAUGUGCCUCAUUGAGAGAAACCUGCCUGUUUACCCACUGGAUAUUGUCCGGAAAAUGAGAGACCAGCGUGCCAUGAUGGUGCAGACAUCAAGCCAAUACAAGUUUGUAUGUGAAGCGAUCCUUCGUGUUUAUGAAGAGGGCUUAGUCCAAAUGCUGGAUCCCAGUUAAGACAACUGUGAAACGUUCAUUCCUCCUUCCCAAGGGCGUCCUCCGCCAGGCCAGACCUUCUCUCCGGAAGCAGCAAGAGGAAAUCUGUAGGCCGUGGGGAAGGAAUGAGCACAUUUGAACCCAGGCACUUUAAAGUUCUCUAGAAGAGGUAUCAUGUACAGAGGAACCGUGUAGAUACGCAUGCAGUUAUAGCAACUCUUAGGCCCGUUCAUCCUCAAAAUAAGCAAAAGGGGGAUCUCAGUUCGGGGCCUGUCCUAUUGCCUUCCUCCCUAGACCUCACCGUGUUCCUGUAAACCAUCCUUGGGCAGUUGGGAGGGGAGGCCAGCCACGCUGUUGACCUCCCAGAAACAAGAGUGUGUGGCUACUUGGAGUUGCUAGGGCGUUUGUGUGUAUGUGUUUAUAGGACUCUAAGGGCUGAGCUUUCUGUGCUUCGGGGCAGAGCGGGAACCGUUGGCAUUCACCCGCCGCUGCCAGGGGAACCCUGAUGAAGGUACUCAGAGGCAGGCUGGUGGCAUUGCAGGCCGAGGGGCAGGCGCGACCUUUCCUGCCCCGCCUUCCUCUGCCCCAUCUCCCCGCCACUUCCCUUAUUUCGUGUUUCUGAGAAUCAUGUCCAAAAUGCCCCUCUUGCUCCCCUGCAUUAGUGACCCUCUCCAGGGGCUCACACAGUGCCUGGACCGGGUUAGUCAUGUGAGGUCAGGAGAGCUUUCAGCUGAGGCUCUGAGAACGACGUUUCCCCGUGCGUCCUGUCCGUCUUAGGAAUAGGGGCCUUCUCGCCUCUGCUCGCCCCUUUGCUGUAUCUGCAGAACCCAAGACUGGAAUUCUCGACUACUGAACCUACUACGUGGAUUGCUGCUACUUCAAGCUAUUAAACUUGAAACAUUAACGAUUUUCCUGAGGGGAGAUGGGAUAUCAUCUAAAUAUUCAGAAUCUUUGGCCCUUCUGAGGAAAGAUCUAGUCGUGGAACCAUGGGAACCCCAGCUUCUAGAGGGUUGUCCGCGGAUGUGUGUGGAUGUGUGUGUGUGCCCAUGGUAAGUGUUUCUCAGGAUUCCGAACUUGAUUCAAAUUACAGUUGAGUUUCUAUAAAGAAUGAGUCUCUGUAUAGAAGAACAAAUGUGUGCAUUCACCCUCGGUUAGAAUGGUCUCCAUUUCAUUUCAAAGGAGAGGAUCAGGCUAUCUGAAUAUAAACACAAUUUGAUGUUAAUUUAUUCUAAGUGCACCCUGAUUUUGAUUGUUCUAAAGAAUUAUGCCUUUGUUCAUACUGUGUUAAAUUUUUUAAAAAAUUUGUGACAGGAUUGUAGCAAAAUUAUUAUUUAAGGAAAAUAAAUUACAUAAAAUUUUUAACGUGGUAUUUUUAAAUAGCGGCUUUUAUGUAUCCAGAAGGGAGAGGAAGCACAGCCAGUUUCUUCGUGGGAUUUAUAGGAAAAGGAUGCUUUUAUAUCAUAGUGUGCAGAAGUGAAGCCAUUUUGAUGGUUCGCAAACUCUGGACCAUUUGAGUCGUUUCCUGGUUGCAAGCUGGAUACAGACCUAGAUGAUGGAAGCCAGGUUUCUGAAGGUUCUUUAUCUCCACACUUAGCUCAUUUGGUUACAUACUUCCCACCUGUCCCCCACCAGUAUUUUAUUGCUAAAUGGCAAGGGUGGGAGGGAAGUGUUACGUCAUGUCAUAGCCCACUACUCUGAGGAGACCAUCGAAGCCCCAUCUUUAUUGGAUUCCAGAAUGAACCCGGAAAGAUUGCAAUUAUGCAGUUGGAGAUUUGGUUCCUGGUCCCAUUCCUCAAUAACUAUCUCUUGGCCUAGUCAUUUUGGAGCAGUACAUCUCUUUCUUCUAUUUCCUGUAAAACAGGAGAAAUAGUUCUGAGGCUAUGGGUUGAAUAUGAGGACAGAAGAAAAUGCUCUCAGCGGGAGAUUUCAUCAGCUGGUAGCUAUCUGACACUGCUUACAGGUGCAUUACUUGGAAAAGUUAAUGUAUCAGCCAUUAGCCCAAAACCAGAAGCAGAAGUAUAUGGAUCUUUCCACAAAAGAAAAUUUCUUUUGCUGAGAACAAAAGGAUAAAUGAAUAUCCUCCUACCAAUGCCUUUCUUCAGUCUGGACUCAAAAAACAUUCUACCAGUUAAGUCCCAAAAAAGGGGAAGGUAGAAAGCUGACCUCCACAUAAAUGCCAUCAAGAUGUCUAGCAAGACAUUGCUGUUUGAUAAAAAUGCACCAUCACCCUGUGUGCAAGAAGCUUGAGAAGACUAAAUGUGUUUGGAGAGUUGUGGGGUUUUUUUUUUCCUUAAAAAAAAAAUACUCAAUAUAGUUGCAGAAAUGCUGUCAUUAUUGUAUAUAAAUUUCUAAAAAGCUUACCAGGGUUGCAGCUCACCUUUUUCUGCCAUGGUUCAGGCCAGUGGUCCAGACCCAGCAGAUGUUACCAGCAACAAAAUUCAUGAAAUACUGGGGAAGAACAAGACAAGACAAUUAUCUAAAGGGGCAAAAUACACGAGUAAAUAUUACUGCAGACACAGCUGAUUAAAUUCUGUGCCACCAUAUUCCUGCUUCAGUGCUUCCUACAUUUAAGCAAUUAUACUUGAGUCUUUUGGAGUCCUAAGUGAAAAACUUCAAAAUGGAAUAUUUUGCCUGGAAAAUUGGGCUGAAUGUGAACAGAAAAGACAUUUUACAUCUGCAUUUUGUUCUCUGGAAGAUCUGAUCAGACCCACCAACGUGCUGACUUAAGAAGGGACGUCCCUCCCUGUGUCCCUGUAGAUGCUGUACUUGGUAUUUUGACUUCCCAGGAAAAAAAAAAAGAUAAACUCAGAUUGGCUGGAGGAGGUCAGGAUGAGAGGUGUUGUAUCACAAACAUGCUGGUCUGUAAUUCCUACCACAGUAAUUUAUACUUAAAAAGUUUUUAAAUUAAGCUUUUUAUUUUAAUUCCAGACAGUUAACAUUAAAACAUUAAAAAUGCUUUUAGAUUAGUGUAGGCGCUCUUGGUCCUCUAUUGCUACCUGAUACUUUUGUUUUUGUUGUUCCUCAGAAAUUAUCAUUUUAGUGAAAGCAACAGGCCGCUUCAUCCCUCAGAGGCUACAAAGAGGCAGCAUCAAUAGGAAAUGCUCAUAGACGCUCAGACAAGGGAAAGCUCACUAGGGUCUAGACCUAGACUUGGGUGAGAUGUAUCACCCUAAGACUUCAAUCUCCUUAUGUGUGAAAAGGAGAAGGUUGGGCUGGACUAGAUGAGUUCUUGGGUUCUUUCACGUUUACCAUUCAGGGAGUCAGUGUUCCAGAGAAUUGAAAUAAACCACCAAUCAAAGCCAUAUAAUGCAACUGGAGAGAGACGUAGCACAUUUCCAUGACUUGUCUCCAAGAUACUGUCCCUCAAACCUUAGCAGGGUUGAAAGCCGAGACAAGGAUCGGCACCCCCUGGUUCUUGCCAUUCUGCGCUGAGAACAAAACCUGUAAAGACUGCAGAGACUCUGACCUCAGCCUAACUCUGAGGAACCGCACAUGUGGGAGUCUGAUGGCCGGCUGUCCACCAUCUUUAUAACCCACAUUCUGUUUGGAGCAACGAAAAGAUUGGUAUUACGUUGUUUUGGAAAGUACCUUAAUAAGCGACAUUUUUUCCCCCAAAUUUGGGAUGUGUUUCAUUCUGAACCGUCUGUGACUCUACUGAAAAAGUUUGAUGAUAUAAAAACACACAAGUUAUGCAACACUUUUUGUUGUGUGCUGACAUUUUUAAUCUAAUAAUUGUUUUGAUUUCUGAAAGGGUUUUCUCUGUUUGCUUUUUUUUUUUUUCUCUAAGUAAAUAUUAACUGUCUCGGAGGCGAGUGCUCUCUGCCCAUGCCCGCCUUCCCUCCAUCAGGAGCAUGACGGUGCUCCCUACCUAUUUCUGUCUUGACCUGGUAGGGCAAAUUCUAGAUCUGAAUUAGGUUCAGCUGUCAUGACAACAAUAACCGAUGUAAAGAAGUUUCAGUACUUUAUAUAUCACACAGGGCUGCCAGAGUGACUCCAAGAGCCGCAGGGUCCCAGGUUCCUUUUGACCUGGUGCUCUGCCAUCCCCAGGAUGCUGCUUCAAUGCUGAGGUCCGUGAUGAUGGCUCCAGCCGGCCUGAUGGAGGAAGGGGGAAGGAGCAAGCAACCCCCCCCCUUAGGGUAUAUCAUCUCGAUGUUGGACAUCUCCAUGAAUUAGAACUGAGUGGCAGCAUUAUAACUCCUGCAAGGCAGUCUAGGAAAGGUUUUUAUUCCCAGAAACUAUGUGUCUUACAAAUUCAAGAGUCCUGUUUCUGAGAAGGAAAGAAUGGGUUUGAGGGACAAUUAAUAAUCUCUACCAUAGUUCAAUCCUUUGGUUCUGCCAUUCCUCCUCUCUCCAAGGUAGACAACCCAAGCCCCAACCACUUAUGUCUUGAAGCUAAAGCUAAGAUCACCUUUGGAUGAUCUGUGGUCUUCUCCAUCGGCUCUGUGUGACUUCUUGUCUAAUGACCUCUAAAUUCAAGACAAGUCAUCUCCCAACACAGUCCAUAAACAGCAGGGAAAUAGAAAUAGGAAAACAACCACUGAAAACUCAGAAGAGGAAAGAACAGAAAACACUGCUCCAAGCAGUUAUCCAAGCCCACUGCACAGGAAGAACAAAGAUGCUUCUAGAAGGCCAGUAAGUCCCUCCGCUGCCCAACAGCCAAGUCCUGCUCUCUGGGGGACUUCCUUGUCCAUGGUCCUCCAUGGCCACAUCCAAGGUGGGAAUGCAGUGGUGAGCAGCCUUCUUGGGGACAGAACAGCUUUUGUCACCUGUUUACUUCCGGAGCAGUGUUGGGGGGUAACCAGAGUUGUGGUUUCUGAAUGCCAACAAGUACCCACAGCUGAAGGUCUGGCCUAGAAUGACAUUCUGUGCUCUGCUCAUGCCUCUUAAGGGUAGCUACCUUGCCACCAGAAAGAGAAGCCUUGGGUGGGAAGGCAAGACCCUUCAUCUGACCUUUAGAGCUACCUAGUUAUUUUCUGGCUGAGAGUCCUGAAGAUGCCUUGCUGCCCUCAGCCUUAUCUCCUGCUAAGGCUGUCACUUCAAGACCACUGCCUUGAAUAGCUGCAGUUUGAAGAACAGCAGCAGUUGGUAUUUUCUGUACUUGAAGACCUUCAUGCAUUUUGAGCACAGGUUACAGGCUGCCUCCCUUAGCCAAGCCAGGCUCCCUUCCAUCUCUGCUGCAGCCCACCGGGCUCAAGCCCCAGCCAAUCUCACUUUUAUGGGACUUUGUGAAAAGCAACAAGGAACAACAGUCAUACUUAUUGUGCCCUCCCACCAUUUUCUCUAUUAUCUGGCCUUGGUCAGCAUGAGGUUCCUCCUCCAAAGUACUGCAGGUGACACUUCCAUCAAAGUGACGCCUUAGUCGCUGUAUAAAAGGCAAUGUCUGUUUUUGCCAUCUGCUGGCCUGCCAGUUCCACUAAGCCAAUGCCAUAUUUUAGUUAUUAUUUGCAACAUCCUACUUUUGAGGAUCAGAUUCUGAAUCCCAAAACCAAAGUAAAGUUGGAUGGAGCAAAAUAGAAAUUUAUUUCUCUCUCAGAUAAACACAGGAGUCCAGAGCUGGUAAAGGGGCUAAAUGGUUAUCAUGAUCUGUGCCCCUCCAAUCUCAUUGCUCCAUUAGCCCCAGCCUACAUCUUCAUCUUCUACCUUAUAGUCCAAGAUGGCUGCUCCAGCAGCAGUCAUCACAUCCACACUCCAGCUGGAAAGAAAAAGGGAAAUGGUGGCAAAAAAAAAAAAAAAAAAAGUAUUUUGCCUUAAAGGAUAAUUCCUAAAAGUUGCAUAGACUUUUUUGCACUGACUUACAAUCAGUUGGCUAGAACUUAAUAAUAUGGGUACACCUAGCUGCAAGUAAGUUUAG